AAAACACACAUACACAACAACAGUAUAUAAAAAAAAAGGGAUUUUCAGCCAUGGUGCAUGUCGUGCAAAGCAAAGAGGACUUCGAGCGGCAAUUGUCCGAUGCCGGCGACAAGCUGAUUGUCAUCGACUUUUGCGCUAAUUGGUGCGGCCCCUGCAAGAUCAUUGCACCCAAGCUGGAGGAGCUGGCCGCCCAGUAUGCCGAGCGAGCGGUCGUGCUGAAAGUGAAUGUCGAUGACAACGAGGAGAUAACCAUCGAGUACAAUAUAACCAGCAUGCCCACAUUCGUGUUCAUCAAGAGCGGCGAAGUGCUGGAGGUAUUUGUGGGCGGCAACUCGGAUAAGUUGACCAAAUCGAUGGAGAAGUUUGUGGGCGAUGCCGACGAGUCCUUCGACGAGGAUUCCCAUCUACAGCAGCAGCUGAGUAUCUGCUCGGAGAGCAUUGCCAGCGCCAGUACCGUGUGUGAUCUCGGCGAGGAUAUGGACGAUCCACACGACAUAACGCCAUGUGCUCAGGGUGCUAUGGACAAGAGCAGCAUCCUGGAGAAUUAGUUGCUCCCUCUAUCAUAGAAAAUCAGUAGAGACCACUAACACACUGCCACCGGACCACCGUAUAUAUUUAUGUAAUACUAAUGAUCGAGCAACUCCAUGCAAAUGGGAACUAAUGCCAGUACAAUGUGAAGCGAGCAGUAUACUGAUCAACACAAACGUUACUUAAUGCAAAAAAUAAAAGAUCGAAACUGUUAAAUGACGCAUAUACUACCUACUCUACACUACACUACAAGACACAAGCUAAUACUGGAGCUGUUCCCCGUAGCACACUCUGCCCUCUAAAUUGUCAAUCACCA